AUGGGAAAGCUUCAUCAGCUUGUAACUUACAAGGUUAUUUUUGAUUCGAAACCACUGGCCUUUCUUCUUCUUUCUUACGAAGCCAGAUGUCCAUCGCUUUUCCAGUCCGGUAUCGACAUUCUGGCGCGACAGAAGGCCUGUGAUGAAAUUGUGGAAGUCUUGCUGGAGAGAGGCCAUGUAGUUGAUGCGCUGAGAUACCUCGAAACGCAACACAUGGAGGCCAAUAAUCUUAAGAUUGUCGAUAUCGCUAAACACCAAGACAGAGUGACUCAGUACGCUGUUCUGACAAGUAUGAGCUGCAGGAAAACAAAA